UUUCCAAAACAUUCGUUCCUCCCAAAGAUGGCUUUCCCUCAGCACCAGUUUCAACAACACUAUCAACCUCAACAAGAACAAUCUAAAAAUUUCAGGAACUUUUACGCGAUUGAUGGUCAGGUUUCGCCGCCACUUGCUUAUUACAGUACGCCUGAUUUACUAGAUUCGUCUCCGCAUCCUCCUUAUGUUCCUCCUUUUCAUGUUGUUGGUUUUGCACCGGGUCCGGUUCCUCUUACAGAUGGGAGUGAUGGAGGAGCUGAUUUGCAAUGGAACAACGGGGUUGAAUCUAAAAGGAAGAAGCUAAAGGAACAAGAUCUUUUGGAGAACAAUUCACAGAUAUCUUCUGUUGAUUUUUUUCAAGCACGGUCGGUCUCAACAGGAUUAGGUUUGUCACUAGAUAAUAAUAAUCGGAUGGCUUCUUCGGUUGAUUCACCACUGUUGUCUCUCAUUGGAGGUGACCUAGAUCUUGAGUUGCAGCGGCAGGAUGCAGAGAUUGAUAGAUUGCUUAAAGCUCAGGGUGAUCGGUUACGACAAGCUGUUUUGGAGAAGGUUCAAAGUAAUCAACUUCAGACAAUUUCACUUGUUGAAGAGAGAGUUUUUCAGAAACUCCGGGAGAAAGAAGCAGAAGUGGAGAAUAUUAACAAGAAGAAUAUGGAACUGGAAAAGCAAAUGGAGCAAUUAACCAUGGAAGCAGGUGCCUGGCAACAGCGUGCCAGAUACAAUGAAAACAUGAUUACGGCCCUCAAGUUUAAUCUCCAGCAAGCUUAUGCUCAAAGUAGGGAUAGUAAGGAAGGAUGUGGCGAUAGUGAAGUUGAUGAUACAGCCUCAUGCUGCAAUGGCAGAGCCAUCGAUUUCCAUUUGAUCAGCAAGGAGAACAGUGACGUGAAAGAGUUGACUUGUAAAGUUUGCGGGGUGAAUGAAGUAUGCAUGCUUUUGUUACCUUGUAAGCAUCUCUGCCUGUGUAAAAGCUGUGAAAGUAAGUUUAGCUUUUGCCCCCUGUGUCAGUCAUCUAAAUUUAUUGGCAUGGAGGUCUUUAUGUAAUGUUAUACAUAUGAAAACCUUUAAUCUUACGUUAAACUUAUAUCCAGUACUCGUGAUAUAG